AUAAAAUUCUUAUAAAUGAUCUCACUUUCAGCGCACUACAAAGUAAUUGAAGAAGAUGGCGCUAGAUGGCGCUUGUUUUGGUGGUACAAAGCCAAUACCACGUGGCCAGCACUGGUGUCUGACGUCCUUCAAGACAAGUAUGGAGACUGCGAUGCUAGUGCCCCAUACUGUUUUGGUCGCCUCCCAGAAGCUCUAAUGGAGAAUCAAGCCGAGAUGUUGGGCAUCGACUCAGCAGACAAUGCUUAUAGGUGGAAGUUCAAUUCAAAUAACCGAGUGUCCCAUGCAGUAUGGGAGGCAUUCCACGAUCAUAAAGAUGCGCAAGUCAAGAACGUCGAUGUGUGGAACCCGAAGGUGAUAAGAGGAACUGCACCCAAAGCUGCCCAAGACAGCUUCCAUUAUCGUAUGGAGCACGGCGUGAGGUCACUUCAAAUUGAUGACGACAACUGCGAUUGCCUGACGUCACUAAGCAUGGGCCAUGGAAUGUGUUUGGAAGGAUUCAGUACUCAGUAUGGCCCGGAAAACGUGUACGGGGUUGAUCUACUGUAUGACACUUAUUGUAACACACCAAAGCCAAGCAAUGGGUUGUUUCUGUAUUUCAGAGAUGAUGACGACUGCAUGAACGUAACCUGCCCGGCUAACAAAGUUUGCGUGGACGGCAUCUACUCCUACGUUUGUGUCGACGCCUAGACAUGCAUUAUUAGAUCAAAUACCUUCAUAUACCCUUUGUGCUAUUUGCAACAACCUACAAAUGACAGUAAUUAAAAAAAGAUAAUAAAAAAAAAUAAAAAACGGAGGUUCCUCAAGAGGUUCCACUUUAAACUGUAUGGCUCAAUUUUCACAAAUCAGUCUUGAUUCCACGAAUAUUCAGAUAAUUUUUUUCUAUUUCAUUAUAAUUACUUAUGUAACCUGAUCUUUAUAAACAUCAAAUGAAAUGCAGAUAAAGUGACAUUUGUUUACUUUUAAAAAUAGUGAAAAUAUUUUUGAUUAAAUUGAUUAAAAUGAUAUGUAAUG